AUGGUUGACACUCCUACGAAAACAAUCCAGCCUUUCCAUGCCCGAUCCACCAGCAUGCCUUCUGGAGACCAUCCCUUCAUGCUCAAAGUGGAAGAAGAGUUGCAGAAAGUCAAGUCUUCUGUAGUUCAAUCCUCUUCAACGGCCCAUAUGAUAUGCGAGGGAUUGAGAGGGAUCCAAGGUCUGUACAGGUGCAUUGAAGAGCUUCUUUGCUUGCCUAGCAGCAACCAGAUCUUUGUGAAUCCACAACAAAACAAAUGGGUGGAAGUGGAGUUGGAAAUGUCUGUCAGGCUGUUGGACUUGCUUGGCAAAUUGAGAGAUAACAUGAUCUUGAUAAAGGAGCAGAUUCGAGACCUCGAAAUGACCCUUAGAAGACGAGGAGAAGUAGUUGCCCAAAGCAAGAUGCAAGCUUAUCUUCAUCCUGACAAGAAGGCAGAGAAAGAUGUCAAGAAUUGCUUCAGAUUCCUGAAGCAGAUGGAUGACAAAUAUGCCUUAUGUUGUACUGAUGAUAAGGAAUCUAAUUCAUGGACAGUGGUCAGAACUUUGAAAGCAGCAAGAGAAAUCACCGUCUCUCUUCUUCAGUCCAUUCUUAAGUUUUUGUGCAUGCCAAGGCCAAAAACCAAAACUAGCAGAUGGUCUCUUAUCUCAAAGGCAUUGCACAAAAGGAAAGUGGCCUGUGAGGGGGAGCACGAGGAUAUUGAAGCUAAUGAUGAUGGGAGGGUACCGAAGGCACGAGAUCAGUUGCAAAUAUUACAGAAAAGCAUUGAUGAAAUUGAAGCAGGACUAGAAUGCUUGUUUAGAAGCCUAGUCCAAAAUAGAGUCUCUCUCCUUAACAUCCUAAGCUUGUAA